UGGAAAAUUUGGGUGAUGGGUUUACAGAGCGAGCUCGGUAGAGCACUGUAUGCAACAGCAGCAGAGUUGGAAACCUUAUCUGGAUCCCUCACAUCCGGUUCCCGCGAGAACGGGGCCUUUUUCCGGGAGUUCGAGUGGGGUGGGAACUUCGUCUCUUUCCUGAGAUUUUAUGGUUUGUGGGAGAUAUUCGUGUCUCACUGUGUCUCAUUGUUGUGCUGCAGCCCAGGAUUGGGGCUAUGGUGCAUGGAGCUUGCUUUGAUGGGUCCCGUGCCCAGCUACCGCUUGCUGCACUCUCUGUUCUUGCCUCCUCUCCCCUACCCUUCCACCAUAUGCCUCACAGCUCGAAGAGCUAGCAAAUGCACUCCCAUUUGGAGAGCUUCGUCUGUGGUGGAGAUAUGUGGACGACCAUGUGACCAGGGCUACUUGGCCGUGCCUGGACGCGUAGGGAUGUUUAGCGUCCGUUGUGGGAUGCGAUUUUACGGUGGUUUUGGCCGCGGGCCUGUGGGGGAUGUAGCCCGGAGUGGAGUCACGUGCAUUAGAAACUCCAGGACAGAUCAUGGUGUUGUUGGCAGCUCCUGGACCAAAGAAAGUGAUGGUUCCGCUUCAGUCAAGGGCGCUGGUAUGGAGCAAGAGAGGACUGAUAGAAGAUCUUCGCCCUCGAAAUCUGCUGGAAAUGUGAACAAUAACACAGAGGACAACAAGGACUCAAGCCACAGGACUAAGCAAAACUUUGGCAAGCCCAGGUCCAAAUUCGAUGCUCCCAGGUCCAGGCCGGAGCAUAGCGGUCGAGCGCAGCAUUCAAGCAGCCGUUCGUACAAUUCUAGUAGUCGAGCAAAAUCGUCUGAGCGGGUGCAGGGUACAGAUGGAAGAGAUGUGCGUAUUGAUAGUAAAACAAGUAUGGCUCAGAAUGGCAAAAAUCAUGGAACACCUGAUUCCAGUUAUGCAAAGGGUGGCAAGCAGCCCCGGGCUAAGAAUAAACAAUAUGCACCUGAGCAGGACCUUCGCAGAGCGCUUGAUAUGUGCUCAAAACAUGCAGAUGUGAAGCAGGCAUUAGAGAUUUACGACAAAACCUGCAAGGAAGGCAAAAUAGCUUUUAAUCAAUAUAACUACAACAUUAUACUAUACCUGUGUUCCUCAGCUGCAACUGAUUCGUUGAAGCCGCAGAAAAGUGGCAACGAAAGACGAGGGAGUGAGCAGGUGAAUCACAAUCGCGGUCCCCUUGAUCUUAGCGGCAUAGUCGAAUCCAAGAAUGAGGCACUUACUGAGCCAAAGAAAUUGGAGGAAGAGCAAAGGAUUUUAUACAUGAAACGAGGGUUUGAGGUUUAUGAAGCGAUGAAAUCUCAAGGUGUGCCUCCAAACGAAGCCACGUUUACUGCCGUAGCUCGACUUGCUGUCGCCAAGGAGGAUGGAGAUCUUGCCUUUGAUAUGGUCAAGCAGAUGGCAGAAGCUAAUCUGUCUCCCCGCUUAAGGUCAUAUGCCCCAGCUUUAUACACCUAUUGCAAAUUGAAGAAUCAUAAGAAGGCUUUCGAGGUUGACGACCACAUGAAAAAAAGUGGUGUCGCUCUAGAAGAAAGUGAACUAGAAGCAUUGUUGAAGGUAAGUGUAGGUGCAGGGCUUGAGGACAAAGUGUACUCUCUCCUGCAUCGUUUACGGACAACAGUGAGGGAUGUCUCUCCAUCCGCUGUGGAGGUGAUUCAGCAAUGGUUCACAAGCAGUGCUGCUGCAACUGCUGGCAAAUCAAAUUGGGAACAUCUUCCAGGUCCAGAGUAUGUUAAGAAAGCCACUGAAAGCUGUGGAGGCGGGUGGCAUGGAUUAGGAUGGCUCGGGAGGGGCACUUGGGAAGUUAAGUCCAGUGUUGUUGAUGAUCACGGUGUUUGUCAGGAAUGUGGGGAGCCUUUGGCUACAAUUGACCUUGAUCCACAGGAAACAGAGAUGUUUGCGCAGUCUUUGUCAAGGAUGGCGUGUCAGCGAGAGGCUAAAAACAACGAAUUCAAGAAAUUCCAAGGAUGGCUUGAUCGGCACGGACCCUUUGAUGCUAUUGUGGAUGGAGCUAAUGUGGGUCUUUACAAUUCAAAUACUCCAAAUGGCGGCUUUAAUUUCUACCAGCUGAACAGCGUGGUGACUGGGAUUCAAAAGAGGUUAGGAUUGAAGAGAGAACCACUUAUUUUGUUACAUCACAGACGAACGAAAGGCGGACCAGCAGAUUCUUCAUUUGCUGCAAGGAUGCUUAGUAACUGGAAGGAAAACAACUCCAUUUAUACCACCCCGACUGGGUCCAACGAUGAUUGGUAUUGGCUGUAUGCAGCAGUACGGUUCAGGUGUGUGCUUGUGACAAAUGAUGAGAUGCGAGACCACUUAUUUUCCCUUCUAGGAAAUGAUUUUUUCCCAAAAUGGAAGGAACGCCAUCAGGUUCGUUAUACGAUCAACAGGGAGGGCCUUGUUUUUCAUAUGCCACCGCCAUUCUCUACUGUGAUUCAGGAAUCUCAUAAAGGAUCAUGGCAUGUUCCAAAAAGUGGUAAGAAUGAUGAGGACGUGUUGGUGCCCAGGGAGUGGUUGUGUGUAACACGAACUGGUCACUUGGCUCGUAGUGACACGAAAUCAGAGGAAGAAAUGAUUGCUAGUCCCAACAUCACACGAGAAUCAUCUCUAAGUGAGGUCCAGGCAGAAGCGGCAAUUAAUUCAGAAUUGAAGGGCAUUUCUGUUCCUAGUGAGGGAAUUCAAUCUCCUAAACCACGCAAGUCACGCAAGUCUACUUCCAAAUCAUUAUCCAAGUCUUCUCCUGAGUCUUCCGCUUUUAAAUCAUCAGAGGAUGGAAAACUUGCAGGUAAUAUAGAAAAUGAGGUCGUGCAGCUUGCAACUAAGGUUGAAAAGCUUGCAGGUGAUAUAGAAAAUGAGGUUGUGCAGCUUACAACGAAGGUUGAAAAGCUUGUAAGUGAGGUUCAGGCUCAGACUGAGACUAUUUUAGAAUCCAAGGAUGUUACUAUCUCUGGUGAGGAAAUACAAUCUCCUAAACCACGGAAGUCACGCAAGUCUUCUUCCAAAGCAUCGUCUAAGUCCUUAAUACAUCAUCCAUCAGAGACUGGAAUGCUUGAAGAACAGUCUACUGCUCCACAGAAAAGGCGAUCGAUAUCGAAGAAGGCACGUUCACCCAAGUCCGCUUUGUUACAAAAACUUGAAGCGGCAGAUGAGGAUAGCUCUGGAAAGCCCAUAGAUUUUCAAAUUUAAUAUCAUAGCUGAAGUUCAUCAGAGGCAAUCCGUUGUUUCAUUCUGAAAAAUCAGUGGAGCAUUAUACUGCACCAGAUGAUUCUAGAAACGUAACAGCGAUGUGGCUGAAAAGCAUGAAGUUUCGACUUUGGUUUGAAACCUGUGAGAAAGCAUUCAUCUGUAGAAACAAGUUAGGAAGCCGCUAGUAGUGAUGGAAUUUGUAGAAAUCUUUGAAAACAUAUGAUUUUUACAUAAGUGUUGUGGGGUUUGGUCGAGUGUCUUUAAUUUCGAGAGCAUUUUCAAGGCUUUUGAUUUCAUAUUA